CUGUGGUUCACUUGGCAUUGUAACGUUGAUUGUCAAAUUGCCUCUUUCAAAGGAAGCCUUAUAUCGAUCUUUUGAACAUAUAAUCCAGAGUUGCAUACUUUCAAGUCUUGGUUAUGGAAGAUAAUAGGCACUGCAGAGACAUCAAUGAAGGUAUAGAAAACUACUAUCUCACGUCAAUGUACAGCAUUGAGUUCAUUGUGGGGCUCAUUGGGAAUGUCACGGUGAUAAGUGGUUAUGUCUUCUGCCUGAAGAACUGGAAAUGCAGUAACAUCUACCUCUUCUUCCUCUCCAUCACCGAUCUAUUAUUUAUCUGCACACUUCCCAUGUUUGUUGUCCAGUAUGCAAACAACAGUGAAUGGUUCUACGGCGACCUUUGCUGUAAGUUUAAUCGAUACUUCCUCAACUCCAACCUCUACCUGAGUGUUCUCUACCUCACCUGCAUCAGUAUUGACCGCUACUUGCUGGUGAGAAACCCAACAACACUUCACUGGUUCCAAAAAAAGCGGACGGCAAUUGCGAUCUGUUUCACCUUGUGGAUUUUUGUCAGCUUGGAGUUGAUACCAAUGUUCACUUUCAUUGGUCCAAAGAACAUCACGGAUAACGAAGAUCAUACUGUGGUUUGCAUUGACUAUGCCAGUUCAGGGAAUGCCUGGAACAGUAUAAUUUAUAGCAUGUUCCUCACCAUUGUUGAUUUCAUCCUCCCACUGUGUGUUAUGGGAUUCUGUUGCAUUCAAACAGCAAUGAGCUUAAGGAAGAUAAGUGCUCAGCGCCGCCGGAACAUUAAACUUGAAAAGCCCCAUCGCCUUGUAAUAUUGGCAUUAGUCAUUUUCACAGUACUCUUUACCCCUUAUCAUAUCAUGCGAAAUGUCCGUAUUGCCUCCAGAAUGAAUAGCGACCUAUCAUUUUGUAUGCGCAAAGGCAUAAAGGCUGCCUAUGCUCUCACAAGGCCCAUUGCUUACCUCAGCUCGGCAAUAAACCCCAUCUUCUAUUUUCUACUUGGAGAUCGGUUCAGAGAGAUACUCCUCAGGAAACUGCCAUUUGUGGGCUCAAAACUGAUAUCUUUACAGUCUCCAGCAACCAGCAAUAUUCAGUAAAGGGUCUUUCAUUCAGACACAUCAAGAAAACUCAUCAGCCAAUUUAUUCUCAGUUUUUCAACUUGGACUGCUGUUGGAGAUGUAUUAAAUGUCACUGAUCCACACCAUUUGCUUGAUUUGUUAACAUGUACAGUGCACUAUGACUGAGAUCCUUGUUCAGUUAUGUAGUGCUCCCAUGGCAAACUCCCAUCCAAGUACUGACCAGGCCUGAAAAUCACAAAAGAAGCUGCAGAUGUUGGAAAUCCAAAGUAAAGGAAGAAAAUGCUGGAAAUACUCAGCAGGUCAGGCAGCAUCUGUGGGAAGAAAAAAUAUAAUUAAUGUUUCAGUUCAAAGACCCUUCAUCAAAACUGCCUUUAAGGUGUUGAGAGGGUAGGGAAGGGAUAGAUAGGAUGAAGGAAAAAGGCUUAACUAGAUGUCCACAAGGAACACACUGAUGAGACUUUGCUCCCGACAAAUCUUUAACAGUGUCAAGCUAUCUCAGAAUUCCUGCUUUAAAUGAAGGAUACUGUUCUGAAGAUUGAUAUUACGUCCCAGCAAUCUUGCAGCUAUACCCCCACAAUGCCUCCAGGGGUGAUUUGUGGUUCGCUAAGCACACGGGAAUAGUUAUCACAAUCACUCAGUUACUUAAUAAUAAUCCUUAGAAAAGGGGAAAUGUGUAAAGGCCAUUCAUGGGUUAUGAAUACCCAACUUACGAACACCCCUACAAACGAACAAUAAUGUUAUUGUUCCAUAAUAUUAUUAAAUUCAAAAGUCCGAUAUACGCACAUAUGUUUGUUCCUACAAACGGCAGAACUAAUUUAGCCUCUCCACAGACCAUCAGUCUUUCUUAUCAGUCUGAUGUGUUUUGAUGCCAUCCAUUUCAAUACAGCGGAGGUAUGGUUACCCUAUUGAGCGAUUUUUGUGUAUGUUCUAACUUAUGGACAAAAUCAACUAAAGGAUGUCUGUAAAAGCAUAACCUGUUUACUACCAGAGGAUGGUCUGUGGAUUGAUUUAAAAUCAUUGAUCUGCCCUUGUGGAAUAUGAUUAUUUAUUGUGAUAUGUAUUCCACAUGAGACAGACAUAUUACAGUGAUACUAAAUUCAUUACAAAGUUGUACCACGGUGCAGUAUAUCAUAUGCUAUCUCUUUCAUUCCAAGUUUAGCAAUGUGAUAAACUGUUCCAAUAAAAGAUCAUCAAGAUGAAAUCCCUUCUUUCUCCCUGAGGCUGCCUGACCUGCUGAGAAAUUAUUAUUUUUUGUCUGUUUCUAUUCACAUUUCCUCCACGUAGUAUUCAGUUUUUACAUUAUUUAGGAGGAAAAUUCUACUUCUUGAUAUGUCACACUGGUCACACAAGCCUGAAUUUACAUAGCACCUGUAACGAGAUAACCUGCCUGAAGGUGCUUCAUCAGAGCUUAUCAGUCAAAAACGUGGUUUGAGUCACGUAUGUAAUCAUCUCUGCUCAUUGCAUUUUUUCUGGAGAAAUACUUGCUUGUAUUGGGAGAAGCUGCUGUCAUUUUAUUCCUCCACUCUUCAUACAGACUGUGUUUUCUAAAUAAAUCGAUUUUAUUUAUAACAUACAGUUCAUAUCCCCUUUCACCUCCAACCCAAUGGAUAAAUCAGUUUUGUAGAUAAUAUUUUGCUUACAUUACAAUGUCAGUCAUUUGACUGACGCUAUGUUGAAUAUGUACAAGUUUACAUUUUGUACAAAUGUAUCACGAAAAGGACUUUUGCACAUACAGUUAAAUA